UCCUGUUUGUGGCCCAUGAAUGAUAAACUCGUGGACAACGUUGCAUGCAGCAAGUAUAAAAGUUAAAAUUAUGAACGUUCUCCAUCGCUCAAGAAAUCUGUUAACAGUGUGGUGUAAAAGUAGCUAUUUAUUAGAACCGACUAGUGUUUUUAAAGGCGUCAGUUUGUUAAGUGAAGCUCGGUCCCAAAGCCUUACAGUAAAUUUGGCUACAUGUAAACAACGCUGUUAUGAGGCAGCUUCGCCCAGGUGUCGCUUUAACGCAACAAGAUAUUACUGUGAUAAUGGUGCAAGUAGACAUUCUGAGAGCACAGGCAUGUUUGAAGAAGCAAAAGAUGAAAUGGACAUGAACCACAAACACACCGACUCCAUCAGUCCGAGAUUUUCAGAGACUUUCACUCUCGAUGUCCUGGUGUCUCUUCUGCGUCAGGAAAAUGCUGUGGACCUCUGUGUGAUUAAAGUUCCAGACCAUAUCAAAUAUACAGAGUACUUCAUUGUUGUCAGUGGUGUAUCACCGAGACACCUCCGUGCGAUGGCACUUUAUGCUGUCAAAGUGUACAAGUUUCUGAAGAAAGAUGAGAAUCAAAGUGUCAAGCUUGAAGGGAAGGAUGCAGAGGACUGGAUGUGCAUUGACUUUGGUAAUAUGGUUGUUCACUUUAUGCUGCCAGAGGCCAGAGAAGUGUAUGAACUUGAAAAACUGUGGACUCUGCGUGCCUAUGAUGAACAGCUGAAGAAUAUUCCUACUGAGCUGCUCCCAGAAGAUUUCAUACUGGAUAUUGAGCUUACAAAGUGACAAAUCAUUUUAAGCUGUGCCCUGGCUAACCAGCUUCUUUAGAACAUUUGGUACUUUAUUUUUAUACCUCUUUGAGCAGUAAUUAAAUGGGCUUUUGUCAUUUACAAGGAGAGAUUUAAAUGGACCCAUCCAUUUUUACAGCUAAAAAACGAAGCAUGGCUUCAUCAUUCUGAAUAAUUUUAUAUAUACACAUUUCUUGUUCAUAUUAUUUAACCAUUACAUCACUAAGAAAAACAUAUUUGUGAAAUGUCAGUUUGAUGAAAGCAUUUUUUUAUCAUAGGUUGAUGGUUGAAAUAAAUAAUAUUUCAACCACUCUACUCACGUUAUAAUUGUUCUUAAUAAUUAUAUUGUUGCAGGGGUUUGUAUUUAUCUGCCUUUACUGCAAGGUUUUGGGUAUUAGACAAAAGCUUUCUUGUAUAAGAGGAUGUAAACAACUAUUAAAACAGUACUUUGAACAGA